CAAGGCAAGACCAGAGACAUGUAACUGCACAAUCAAAACAUUCUUUUACCAUUCACUGUACGUCUUCCUGUGUGGGCAGUUUCUCUCCAUUUCUCUUUCUUUUUUUGUUUUCUGUUUAACUCCAUUCCAACCAUUCUUAGAAUCCAUGCUUUGUUUUUUGGUGUGGCUUUGGAUUUGCCAAGAAAUUAAAAAGCUCACAUCUCUGCUUUAUUCUCUCCUUCAAAUUUGCUACUUUGGUUUACUAUAAGGUUUUGAAGGAGGGAUUCCUCCAUCUCUAUAUCUCCCAACCAACCAUUCAUUCAACAUUCAAUCCCCUUCUUCUCUCUGUUUUCAUGCAUUGUGUGAAAUGUGAACAAGUUGUUGUGCUUCUUCAUUUUUGAAUGAGACAGUUGAAUAGGAGGGAGAGGGGAGACCAAGAACAAUGAGAGAUGAGGAUUCAAAGAAAAGCAAGCUCUCAUGGUCUAAGAACCUGAUGAAAAAAUGGUUCAACAUCAAAAGCAAAGCUCAGGAUUUCCAUGCUGAUUUUUCUACUAGAAGAGGGACAGAUAGGGAAUGGAGGAGCAGCUUAUCAGAGAGGGAGCCAACCACUCUUAGGAAAAGCAAAACAGUUGCAUCCCCAGAGAGAUUUAUCAAAAAGAAAUCAAGUCAAAUCAGAGGAAAGAUUGAUCUUGAUGCAGCACAAGUGACAGAAAUACAAGAUUACAGGAUCUUUGUUGCAACAUGGAAUGUAGGUGGGAGAUCCCCACCAAGUUGUAUGAAUCUUGAAGAUUGGCUUCAUGCCUCACCUCCUGCAGAUAUCUAUGUUUUGGGAUUCCAGGAAAUUGUUCCUCUUAAUGCUGGGAAUGUUCUUGGCACAGAGGAUAACGGUCCUGCGAAAAAAUGGGUCGCUCUCAUUAGAAAAACAUUAAACAAUCUCCCUGGCAGUAGCAGCAAUGGCAGUUGCCAAACACCAUCUCCUGCUCCUGAUCCAAUUGUCGAAAUGGAUGCUGAUUUUGAAGGAUCAUCGGUAAAGCAGAAUCCGGCAUCCUUGUUUCAUCGACAUUCUUUUCAAUCACUAAGUAGGAGCUUGAGAAGAGAUGGUGAUAUCUUGGCUCCGCAACCAAGACUUGAUCGUCGGUAUAGUGUUUGUGAAAGAGUAAUGUAUGGUAGUAGACAGAGUGAUUUCGAUUCGAAUUUUCGGUGGGGUUGCUCUUCUGAUGAUGAAAAUGUUAGUGCUGAUUCACCUAGUACCUCAGCAUUUUCUCCGGCAUCUUAUGGUUAUGGUGCUCCAUCGACGAUGGAGGGGAGUGAUCGUUCUGGGAUUACAAGCUACUGUUUGGUUGCGAGCAAGCAAAUGGUUGGAAUAUUUCUUACAGUGUGGGCGAGAAGCGAAAUCAGGAAUGAUAUAAAGAACAUGAAAGUUUCUUGUGUUGGUAGAGGUUUGAUGGGUUAUCUUGGAAACAAGGGUUCGAUUUCCAUUAGUAUGUCUUUGCACCAAACGAGCUUCUGCUUCGUCUGCAGUCAUUUGACAUCGGGACAGAAGGAUGGUGAUGAGCUACGAAGAAAUUCUGAUGUUAUGGAAAUUCUUAGGAAGACUAGAUUUCAAAGAGUUCAAGGAUUAUGCGACAAGUCACCCGAAACAAUCAUCGAACACGAUCGAAUAAUUUGGCUCGGAGAUUUAAAUUACCGAAUUGCUUUGUCCUACCGAUAUGUGAAGGCUCUUGUCGAAAUGCGCAACUGGAAAGCCUUAUUGGAAAAAGAUCAGCUCCGGAUAGAGCAAAGCUAUGGCCGAGUAUUUGCAGGUUGGAAAGAAGGUAAAAUAUAUUUUCCACCUACUUAUAAAUAUUCAAGUAACUCAGACAAGUACACCGGAGAUGAAAUGCACCCAAAAGAGAAACGACGAACUCCUGCAUGGUGUGAUCGAAUUCUGUGGUAUGGAAGAGGGCUGAAUCAACUAUCCUAUGUUCGCGGAGAAUCCAGGUUCUCUGACCACAGACCAGUCUAUAGCAUUUUUACAGCAGAGGUUGAGUUAAUUAAUCCUAGCCGAAUCGAUAACAUGAGUUGCUCUAGCUCCCGAGUUGAGAUCGAAGAUUUUUUACCAUACACCCAUGGUUAUACAGAACUCAAUUUUUUCUGAACAAGGAUAAGAAAAAAUUCUUACAAGUUUUUUGUCCUACCAAAGUUCAUUGGAUUCACUAACAAAGAACAUUACUAAUUGAUUUGCUUACAUCUAUUGAAUCUGCUGAAAUAGUUCCAAUCUGAAGAUUCAAGAAUGCAGUAAAUAUUAUUCAACUCCUUUUUAUCAGUCAUACACAAUGUACAAUGCAGCAUUGUAUAUGAAUCAUGCAUGUUUUUGCUGACAGAAGUCAAAGAAGAAGAAGAAGAAGACAUUAAUAACUAGUAAUCGAAAACAAUGACGCAAUCAUCUGAUAAUAAAGAUGAGUUAAUCAGAAAAUCAUGGCAGCAAUUGAUGAAAGAAACAGGCAGGCCAUACAAGAAGAGAUAUAAAGAGAAAAAGCAGGCAGUCAUCGUUUUAUAUUCUGGAAAGCAAAGAGAGAAGUGUGUGAAUUAUGAUUAUAGCUUUGUGGAUGAUUGUGCUGUGAU